UGAACAACAAUGCGUUUGGCCAUGGAUCAAUGGGAAGCAUGAGUCCACUGGAGAGGAAAGAAGCAGGUAACCAGCUCUUCAAGGAGGGCAAGUGGGAGGAGGCCCUGGAACAAUACACCUUUGGCCUGGAGAUUGCGGAGACUGCGGAGAACAUUCCUCCCGAUCAAAAAGGUUUGCUGCUGUCCAACAGGGCACAAUGCUUUCUGAAGCUCAGCGACUGGCAGAGAUCGUUGGACGACGCCAACGCAUGCCUGGCCUUGUUGCCGGAACAUGCGAAGUCCUUAGUCCGGCGCGGCACGGCAUUGGAACAGCUUGGGCGACGGGAUGAGGCCCUGCGGGACUUCGCCCAAGUGGCCCGGGCGGAUCCCAGCAACGUCCUGGCUGUGCAACAUGCGCGGAGGCUGCGCGAGGAGAUCUCCAUGCAGAAGAGCCAGCGAGAUGAUCAGUCGCUCCCCAGCCAACUGCUAGAGCGGCUCAACAGCGAUGAGGCUUUAGAUGCCUGCGAUCAGAUCCGCCGGGCAAUUCUGGAGAGACAUCAGGCCUUGGCGCUCCUGAAGCUGGAUGCCGUGCCCAAGCUUCUGGCCCUGGCCCUGAAAGCUGCGCAGCAGGAGCUGCGGAAGGCUGCUUUGCAAUGCCUUUGCAACAUGACUUCAGCAACGUUGGCGGAGGAUUGCCCUCCUGGAAUGCUGCCGGCUGCUGUGGAGAUAGCCAGGAAGCAGCUGCGCCAGCAGAUGGCCGGGAAGUUGCUGGAGCUCCGGCAGCUGUGCCAAGACCACGCAGGAUCGAUGAUUCAGCUGGCGCAUUUGCUUGGCCACUGCCAAGAGCUUGAAGACGAAGACGCCUUGGAAGUGCUUCGUACUGCCUUGGACUCGCCCGAGGAAUCCGUGCAAAGAGCCGCUUUGGUGGCUCUGCACGGCAUCUGCGACGCUCGGCGACUUCUGGGGUCCAAAGGUGCUGCGGUGGUCCCCAGCAGAUGCCUUCAGAAGUGCCUGGAGUCGGCCUUGCACAGCCCGCUACAGGACUUGCUGCAGGGGCUGCUGGCGGAGGUCUUCGCCCUGCUGGCGGAUGAUGAAGAUCGACCGGAGCAGAUGAAGGUGGACCUGGCACACUUUGGCCUUCUGGUCCUUGAGCCAUUCCUGCAAUCGGAGGACCAGCUGCUUCAGAGUAACGGCCUGGCGGGGCUCACGUCCUUGUUGGCGGCCAAGAGCAAGGCUGCCCAGUUGUUGCAGCAGUCGCAAGCUCCGCUGACGGCCAUGCUGCGGGCCCUGUCUUCACCAGGUACGGAGCCGUGGCAUUGCAAGGCGCAGAACCAUGCGGCCGAGUGCUUGUUGCUGGCGGUCUCGGAUGCCUCCACGCGACAGCGCUGGAUCGAGGGUGGAGGUAUCGAUGUGAUCUUGAACGCCUUCAGCAACUUGGAGAAGGGCAAAGAGCGGAACUUUGUGGAUGCCAAGCUGGUUGCAGUGCUUGCUAUCCUGGCAGCCCACAACAAGGAGGUCAGGGACGAGGUCUUUGAUCGGGUGGAUUUCAUGAUGGAAUUGCGCUACGCCCUAGAGGUGGCUCAGUCACGUGUCGCAACCGCCACCAGUAGCGAGGACAAACGGCAGGCGAAGCGCCUCUGUAGCGGCUUGUUCGAAAGCUUCGCGUGCCUCUCCAUCCAUGGCGAGUUUAAGGAGCUGCUCAUCUCGUCCAAGAAGACCUUGGCAGCACUGCAGGCUCUUGCGAAGGAGGAGGACCUGGGCGAUGCAGGGCUCAGUUUCUUCUUUGCCAUGCUCAUCUACAACCUCUGCAGGUCCCGGGACGACAAGAUGAGGAGAAAGACGGGCAACCCCAUGAUUGAUGAGUUGGGGUCCGACGAUCUGAAGGCCUUGGAAGAGUUCUACGAGCGCAUGCCGCCCGAGGCGCGGCCCGCGGUGAACGGCGAGGUGGACGCGGGCGAUGCGCAGCUGGCGGCGAAGAUGCGAAGCUGGUGCCUGCAACGGGAAGGCUCGGGCGCUUCACCGGUCGUUUCCAAGCUCUGUCGAUGUAUCCAGGGCAGCUCUGUGCAGUGCAAGGUUUUGGUGGCCGAGUCCUUGCGUUUUCUCUGCCAAGAUCAAAGUCAGCGGAAGUUCGUGGCUGCCAGCCACGGGCUACGCGCCCUGCUGGUGCUGGAGAAGGAGCCCAAAGCAACGGAGGCGGCGAGGCAAGCCUUGGCUCAGAUCCUCAUCAGCACCAACCCAGCUUCGCUCCAGUACCAGGAACAACUGGAUUCGGUGAGGCCCCUUUUGGAGAUGUUUUCCUCUUCCAAUGAGCUCUGCCAAUUCGAAGGUGCCAUGGCCUUGACCAACCUCCUCACCAGCUCGGAAGAGCUUCGCGGCCGUGCGCUGCAAGGUGGGGCGUGGAAUCUCAGCAAAGACCUGUUGUUCUCCGACAACGAGCAGGUGCAAUGUGCGGGACUGGAGGUCAUGUGCAAUCUCUCCAUGUCGCCGGAGGUCUUGGAGCGCUUUGUGGAUGGAAAAGCCUCUGUGGAACUGCAGCUCCUUGGAGCUUUUUGCCAGAGCGAGGAGCCACGUGCCAGCAUUGCUGCUUCUGGAGCGCUUGCGAUGUUGGCAGAUACUCCAGAGGUUGCUGAGCGGAUCGCUGAGUGCCAGCACUGCAUCACUGGUCUCUUGAAGCUCUUGGAGAGCCAGGUGGGGUCAGCUGUUUGGAGGUCUAGCCGCAGGAUGAACAUGGGCUAUGCCCAAAAUUGGCAGUUGGGAGAGUGA